UGUACCGGUGUCAUUGAUAAAUUACACUUCAGUGCCAUGAAGUCAGUGACAAGCGAAUUUGUGUGGAAAAAUGGUGCUCGAAAGUACUAUGAUCUGUUUUGAUAACAGUGAUUACCAGCGAAAUGGUGAUUACUUUCCAACACGGUUGAAUGCGCAAAAGGACGGGAUUAAUUUGGUGUGUCUGACGAAAGUUCGAUCGAAUCCGGAGAACAAUGUCGGACUUCUGACGUUGGCCAAUACUGUUGAAGUGUUGGCUACGCUCACUAGUGACGUGGGACGAAUCCUAUCGAAGAUGCAUUUAGUUCAGCCGAAAGGAAACAUAAAUUUGUUGACGGGCAUAAGGAUCGCCCAUUUAGUUUUGAAGCAUCGUCAGGGAAAAAACCACAAAAUGCGCAUAGUAGUCUUCGUUGGGUCCCCAAUUGGAAACGAAGAGAACGAAUUGGUGAAAUUGGCGAAGCGGCUCAAAAAGGAGAAAGUCAAUGUCGACAUGGUCAGCUUCGGAGAUCAUAAUUCAAAUAAUGAGCUGUUGACUUCCUUCAUUAACGCGCUGAAUGGAAAGGAUGGCACUGGAUCUCAUCUUGUGAGCGUUCCACGCGGAUCUGUCUUGUCUGAAGCUUUGCUUUCGUCGCCUAUCAUUCAGGGUGAAGACGGUAUGGGCGGAGCAGGAUUAGGUGGAGCCGGAUUUGAAUUUGGUGUCGAUCCGAAUGAAGAUCCUGAAUUGGCCUUGGCUUUGCGUGUUUCGAUGGAAGAACAACGACAACGCCAGGAAGAUGAACAGCGUCGUGCCUUGGCCGCCUCCAACACGGAAGGUACUGCUCAAGAAUCGACCGGGGCUGAAACUGAGAGCUCUCCAGCUGCUGUAGACACUGCCGAUCCGAAUAGUGAGGAAGCGAUGUUGCAACGCGCGCUGGCCCUUUCCACCGAGACGCCAACUGAGGAUGCCUUGCCCGAUUUCGCGAACAUGACCGAAGAGGAACAGAUUGCGUUUGCUAUGCAAAUGUCGAUGCAAGAUGCACAAGACACAGUCGUUACGCAGCAAGCAAAACGUCCAAAAACCGAGGAUGUUACACCGAUGGAAGUAGAUGAAGACUAUAACGAAGUUAUUAGUGAUCCUGAAUUUUUACAAAGUGUUUUGGAAAACCUACCAGGUGUUGAUCCACAAUCUGAAACAAUUCGAGAUGCGGUAGGCUCUCUGAACAAAGAUAAAGAUAAGAAAUCGGGUGAGAGCAGCGAUAAAGAUAAGAAAGGAAAAUAAUUUGGGCAAUUGGAUUAAGAAUCUGGUCUGCAAGAGGGGACAGCAUUGUAAAAUGUUAUUUUUAAAAUAUCUCUAGCCUCGUUUCCUACUUUGAGCGAGUUAUAUAAAAUUUAAUAAAUUUUUGUUUUCUUCAGGAAUUAUAAUCUUGCAUAUUCUUUUUCUCAACAUUGGUUUAUUUUUUUUGUAUUUAUGUAGAUUAAAGCAAAUCGAUCACGAUUGAGAAUAAAGUACGAGACUUAUUAAAA